AAACACGGUUACUAGUAACAUUUUCUACUUCGAGACCAUAGAGACUAAUUGUUUGGCCAUAAAAGUCAGCAUUCCUGCAUGUAAAAUGUUGAAAAUCCACUUGAACUGUGUGAGUAGAAGGUUGUUUUUCAUGGUUUGGUGUUAAUAAUUACUCUAAUAAAUAAACUGCUGAUUCUGCCCAUUGUCACAGCGGGACAAAGUUCUCACUUGUACCGUCCACCUCAACUCUACUGCUCAGUGGUGCUCCUUUACUCGCAUCGAUUGGCGAAUUUGCAAAUAGCACCAAGCUAUUUUACCAAAAUAACUGCUACAGGUGAAGUGAACCUCGGUUUCCUUGUAUGUACAGCUAAUUAAAUCAAGCUUCAGGUCAAACUAAGUGUGUUCAGGUUAAGUGGAGCAAUGGAGAGUCUCUCAUCAGACAAGGUGACCAUCAACAACCCAGCAGACAUUGUCAUCAUUAUUGGAUAUUUCAUCGUGGUUAUUAGUGUUGGCAUUUGGUCCAUGUUUCGGACCAAACGUGAGACAGUUGGAGGAUAUUUCCUGGCAGGACGCUCCAUGACCUGGUGGCCGGUCGGUGCGUCUCUGUUUGCCAGCAACAUCGGCAGUGGUCACUUUGUGGGUUUGGCAGGUACUGGGGCAGCCAGUGGCAUCGCUGUAGGGGGGUUUGAGUGGAAUGCUCUGUUCAUCGUGCUGCUGCUGGGCUGGCUGUUUGUACCUGUCUACCUCACGGCGGGGGUGAUCACGAUGCCACAGUACCUGAAGAAGAGGUUUGGAGGGACCAGAAUCAGCCUCUACCUGUCCGUUAUCUCUCUGUUUCUGUACAUUUUCACCAAGAUCUCAGUGGACAUGUUUUCAGGAGCUGUGUUUAUCCAGCAGGCCUUAGGGUGGAACAUAUACGUGGCCGUCAUCGCGCUCCUGCUAAUAACAGCCUUGUACACUGUUACAGGUGGCCUGGCUGCUCUGAUGUACACUGACACAGUUCAGACCUUUGUCAUUAUCGCCGGCGCCUUUGUCCUCACUGGUUUCUCCUUUGCAGAAGUAGGAGGCUACAGUGCUCUGGUAGCCAAAUAUAGCUCUGCUGUGCCACGUAACGUCACCUCCCUGGACCCCCAGCGCUACAACAUCUCUUCCAAAUGCUACUUCCCCAGACAGGACGCCUUCAGUCUGCUGAGGGACCCGACCACAGGGGACCUGCCCUGGCCUGGGGUGCUGUUUGGGAUCGCUAUAGUGGGAGGCUGGUACUGGUGUACAGACCAGGUGAUCGUCCAGCGGUGUCUUGCAGCUCGUAGUCUCACCCAUGUGAAGGCCGGCUGCAUCAUGUGUGGCUACCUCAAACUGCUGCCGAUGUUCCUCAUGGUGUUCCCCGGCAUGAUCAGCAGAGUGCUCUACCCAGAUGAGGUUGGCUGUGUGGUCCCUGAGGACUGUAAGAGGGUGUGUGGGACGGAGGUGGGCUGCUCCAACAUCGCUUAUCCUAAACUGGUGGUGUCAAUCAUGCCCAAUGGGUUGCGAGGUCUGAUGUUAGCUGUGAUGCUAGCUGCUCUCAUGUCCUCUCUGGCCUCCAUCUUUAACAGCAGCAGCACCCUGUUCACCAUGGACAUCUGGACUCGCAUCAGACCGCAGGCCACAGAACGCGAGCUCAUCAUUGUAGGCAGAGUCUGGGUUCUGUGUAUUGUAGCUGUCAGUAUCUGCUGGAUCCCAGUAGUCCAGGCAGCCCAGAGCGGUCAGCUGUUUGAUUACAUCCAGUCAGUCUCCAGCUAUCUGGCUCCCCCUAUCGCCUCCGUCUUCCUCCUGGCUGUGUUUGUGAAGAGGGUCAAUGAAGCGGGAGCUUUCUGGGGCCUGAUAGGUGGUCUGGUGAUGGGUCUGUGUCGGAUGUUGCCUGAGUUCUGGUUCGGUACCGGCAGCUGUAUUUUCCCCUCCUACUGCCCUUUCCUGGUGUGUGGCAUCCAUUACCUCCACUUUGCCAUCAUACUCUUCUUCUGUACGUCGGUGUUGGUGCUGCUGGUCAGCUACUGCACCGAGCCCAUAGAGGAUCAACAUCUCCAUCGCCUGGUGUUCAGCCUUCGUCACUCCAAAGAGGAGAGGAAAGAUCUGGACUGGGAGCAGGAGGAACCAGGGAGGAGAGCGAGGAGAGAGGCUGAUGAGAGGCUGAGGGAGAAUCACAGCAGUGAUGCAGCCUUUACAGUGGCUGACCAGGAAGAAAAAUCUGGGAUCUGUCGCCUGAUCGGUCGUUUCUGUGGUCGGGGCAACAAGUCUGAGGCCCACGAGCAAGAAGCUCCUGAGGCACCGGAGCAGAUGCCUGACAUCAGUGAGGACCCCGUGUGGCAGUACGCUGUGGAUUCUAACGCGAUCGUCAUGAUGGCUGUAGCAGUUUUUAUGUGGGGAUACUUUGCUUGAUGAAGUCCUCUAGUUCUUCCUAACUCAAGGUGGAAUUAAAAGUGGUAUCUUGAUGUAAUAAAAUCACUUGAAAGGAGACAUGACAAAUGAAUUGGAUAAAAAAAAAUGUAAACAAAUGUCCCUAAUAUCAAAGUUCCAUUAAAUUUUCUGUGUCAUUAUGGAAAAUCAAGUAUUAUCUCUCAAAAUAUUCACUAAUUUGCAUCCAUUUCCGGAACAGCAAUCUGGACAUUCGACAAAGCCAGCUUCAGAAUUCUCAUUUCAGUUUGGUGAGAUAUUAGAAUAAAGGUUUUUACUGAGGAGAGUUUGGAUGCCUUUUUAUCACUCCAUGAAUCAGAAAAUACUGUCAGAAGAAAAGUCCAUUGCUUCCAUUUUUCUUAAAGAAAUAGAACAUUCUAUAAAUCCAGCUAUGACUAAUAUAUAAACAAACUCCUCUGUACAAACCUUCAUUUGUACAUUUGGUGAAUGUAAGCGUUUCUGGCUUUGAGUUUAAGAAAAAAAUAACAGUCUGACAAGAUAUUCAUUAUUAUCUAAUAUUAACAUUCUUAUUUAAAAGCAAUGCAUUUUAAAAACAUCUCUAAUAGAUAUCACUGGGAGACUUCCAAAGUUGAUUUCUUACAUGAAUACAAAUCAUUUUUGUGUCACAUGUUCUACAAUUUUAUGGUAAAAUAUGCAAAUGAGACACACUGCAGAUGGGACACUGAGAUGAAUAUGGAAAUACAACAGGAAAAGUGGGAAGAAGCAUAAAGUGGGGAAACAUCUAGCAACCAAUUUAAAUACAUAGAGGGAAUUUGAAUGGAAGGAUAAUUUUUUUUUUUCUUCUAAGAUCAGCGAUAGUGGUCAAGAUGGGCCCAACUCAAUCAAAUGAAUGUUGGAAAAACUGAGUUACACAAAGAGGAAACCAUAGAAACUUAUUUUGCUCCAAGAUAUUUUGCUGGUAAGACAGGUUUGUGGGACUUCAUCACAAUUAAGUGGUUUAAACUUGACCCCUCAGCAUCCAAUAUCUGGACUAAGAGGGUAUAGGAUAUAUACUGGCUGGUAUAAAUAAUGUGAGAUUCUGAAAAGAUGUUUAUAUUCAAAGGUAGAGCCCUGCACCCUAAUACAGUGAAAUAAUCUGAAUUACUUCACACAUUCUGAAUCAUAGUUUGAUUUCAUUCUGUCUUAGUGCAUAUUCACACAUUCCCAUCAUUAGUUAGUUUAAAUUAAAUUUUAAUAUGCAGCUUAUUUUUAUGUGACAAUUAAUACGAAGCAGUAUUACUUUAAGUCACCCAUAAACCCUGUAGAUGCAGCUGGAAAAAUGCACAGAGCAGCAGGCGAAGCUGUGAAUAUGACUGCAUAAGUUGUUCAAGCUGAGGUAAAAACUAAGCUUAAAUAUACAUGACUGCAUAUUCAGUAUUACCUCAUUAAUUAUGCACUAAAUUGCACAAAAAUUGUCCUAGUAACAUAGUGUAGGAAAAUAAAACACCCAUAUGUGUAUUUUAGACAUUUCAUAGAAGCAUAAUAUCCUAAAUUUAUUCAAAUUGGCUGGUGCCUGAAUAUAACAGUCUUUUUUGCCUGUAGUGUCUCAUCCUCUGUCUAAAUACAAGCGUUGCCAUCUGUUGGCAAUGAUUCGUCACUGCACUAAUAAUGAUAGACCUCUCCACAAUUCAAAGUAGUUCAAAGUUGGCAGUCAGUCAUUUAAAUACACUGCCCAGUCUCACAGGAGGUUAUUCUCCUUCAGUACAAGACCUAGUCAUAGAGAGUGUGUGUAAUUCAGAGUCUAAUCAAAGUUUUAUCCGUUUAAAAUGCCAUUACUGUAUAUGGUUACAUGUUGAUUCAAUCAAAUGUCCAUCUUAAAAGGUGUGAGAAGACGAAGUUCUUCUUUGUGUUCUAAAUGUUAACUCAAUAAAAACUUUAAGUAGCCCUGA